ACGUGUUAGGGCCCUAUUUUAACGGUCUGAAACGCAAGUGAGAAGCGCAAAGCGCAUGUAGCUUUGUGGGCGGUUCCACGGCGAUGUCGCUAUUUUACCGGCGCGAAAUUGACUCUUGCGCCCGGCGCAAAUCUAAAAAGGGUUGGUCUGAAGUAGCCUAAUUACCCGUAGGUGUGGUUUGGGCGUAACGUGCAAUAAACCAAUGAGUGUGCCAGCUCCCAUCUCCUUUAAGAGACAUGAGCGCAUUUGAAUCUGACAUGUUGAUAUUUUGAAACAAUUUUUUUCAAACUUCAAAUGGCUCAGUUUAUGGCCUAAUUCACACAACUUCAGAAAUACUGAGUCCUCAAAUAAAUUUCGCUAAAGAAAACUCAACACACAUAUGAUAUGCGGUAACUGUGGUUCUAUUUAAUGAUAUACGCAAUACAUUCUAAAAAUCGUUUCUUAUCAGUAUUGUAUGCAUUAUCGUUAUCGACUUGUGUUCCUAAUAUGCAUGUGUCCCCCCGUUAAUAUACAUUACCAUGGACUGUAUUAUGCGUUACGUGUUUAGUCUGCGUGUGUUUAAACAGAUGGAUGCACACACGCGUGCCCGCAAUCGUUAAUUCUUUUUAACACUCACUCGCGGUAAAACAAUGUUUUCUCACGAUCAAAUACUCAUAAAUCCUAAAAGUUAUGGGCAUGAAAACGAUGUCUGUGUCAAGAAAAUAUGAUUGUGUUUGCUGUACGUGUUUGCAGAUUAAUUGAUUUAAAAGUACAACUUAUUACCGCUGUAUCAGCUGUUCUCUCCCAAAUAAUUUACCAAGAAUGUGUGGCUAGGUAGAUGAGAGAAGCAAAGUGUAUGCGCGAGGUGCACAAGCAACAUUAUGCAUGCGCCAUUAAAAUAGCAUCUGAACAACGCGCCACUGACUUUAAACCAGGUAUUUCCUGGUUUGUGGAGCAAGUGAUUUAGCCUAGCACCGCCCACCUACCUACUUCUGCUCAAUUUUCAUUUCGCUUCAGUACUAGGUCUGGGUCUGCUUAAUGUAAAUGCGUUCCAUGGAAACCAGAUUUCUGGCGGUCCAAUCAGCGAACAGAGGGAGUGGCUGAGAACGAUGACGUCUAGGUCGCGCGCCAGUUUCAGUUGUAGUCAGAGGAAGACAAUGGAGAAGGAUACGAGAGAAGCUAUUCGGUCUGCUGUGGGAUCGCUGCCGAAAAUCGAUCGAUUAAAGCCGGAGCAAGAACAAGCUUUGCAGAGUUUUGUUGGUGGCCAUGAUGUUGUGGCGCUUCUCCCCACCGGGUUCGGGAAAAGUUUGAUUUUCCAGCUGGCUCCGUUAGUGGUGAAGGAGCCGGUCCCGUCGCAUGACAUACGUCACGACCAAACGCUAUGCGAUUGGUUAUGGCAGAUACAGAGUGGCACUGGCCAGAUCCAAUCAUUUUAAAACUCCUACAGACACCCGCCUUCUGUACAAAUGAAAUGAAGUACGAUUGGUCUGGUAGGACCAGGCUACAAGUGAUUUCUGAAACUGCAAAAUAGCACCAGGAAACGUUUGCGCCAGAACACUCCUCCUUUCGCCGAACCGCCCCUUGGAGCACAAGAUCAUUCCCUAAUUUACCGACGCGUGGCGCAGGAGGGAAAAGAACGCUCUGCGCCAGUUGCAAACUAGCAUGGACACAUGCGCCAGUGAUUAAGUCAAUUGCGCCGGAUGCAAGAUAGGACCCUUAUUGUUAGCCAUUAUCUGUAAGAGUAAAUGAGAAACAUGUUAGUGUUAGUCAUUAUCUCUUAGACCAAUAAGAAACAUGUUAGUGUUAGUCAUAACCAGAUAAACAUAACGUUUGGAACAGACCCUAUAAACCGAAUAUUGUUUGUUUUGGAACAGACCCAAUGAACCUAAUAAAGUUUGGAACAGACACUAUAAACAUAAUAACGUUUGGAACAGACCCUAUAAACCUAUAAUGUUUGGAACAGACACUAUAAACCUAAUAACGUGUGUUUGGAACAGACACUAUAAACCUAAUAACGUGUGAUUGGAACAGACAGUAUAAACAUAACGUGUGAUUGGAACAGACAGUAUAAACCUAAUAACGUAUGUUUGGAACAGACCGUAUAAACCUAAUAACUUGUGAUUGGAACAGACACUAUAAACCUAAUAACGUGUGAUUGGAACGGACCGUAUAAACCUAAUAACGUGUGAUUUGAACAGACAGUAUAAACCUAUAACGUGUGUUUUGGAACAUAGCCUAUGCAGCUGGUGUUUGGGGUUUUAUUCAGAGAACUGACCGGAUCUUAGACGUUAACGAGUCCUUUAUGUCUUUAAAGUCACUAAAGCCCUUAAGCCCAGUGCUGGGCGGCUCGUUGAUUAAAACACACGCAGGCACACGCACACGCGCACAUGUGGUUGCGCUGUCGAGGAGAAAAAAGGCAUUUCAUAAUUUAUUUGUAACUUUGUGUGUUCCACUCGGCCGUCUAUUUUGUAAACUUUUUGGCAAUUUGAAUUUUUAUCUCUCUUGACAAUAACGCUAUUUUGGAAUGAAUCGAGAGAAUAUGCCUCUGUUAGAGAGAAAGAGACAGGAUUGUGUGUGUGUGUGUGUGUGUGUGUGUGUGUGUGUGUGUGUGUGUGUGUGUGCGUGUGCGUGUGCGCGCGCGCGCGUGUGUGUGUGUGUGUGUGUGUGUGUGUGUGUGUGUGUGUGUGUGUGUGUGUGUGUGUGCGUGCGUGUAUGCGUGUGUGUGUGUGUCGUUUGGACCUUCUAGAUGUCAGUCCUCUCUCCAACAGGCUGACAGAGCGCCGCCAGUCCGGUUUAAAAUAAAGCAGAUCGGAGCUGAAUCGGUUUGACUGAACUAAAGCUGGAGGGGCUGCACGAGAAGGAGGCGGCGGAGGAGCCCGGGGCGACUCUGGCGAUGAAGCGGGGAGACCCGGGGGGAGACCCGGGGGGAGACCCGGGGGGAGACCCGGGGGGAGCCGAGCGGGGAGACCCGGGGGGAGCCCAGCGGGGAGCCCAGCGGAGAGCGCCCUCCGGACGGCUCGCGGUGACCCUGGAGGACGCAGAUCUCUGGCGGAAGUUCCAGGAAAUCACGAACGAGAUGAUCGUGACCAAGAGCGGCAGGCGGAUGUUCCCUGUGCUGAAGGUGCGGGUGUCCGGUCUCGACCCCGCCGCUCUCUACUCUCUGCUGCUCGACUUCCUGCCCACCGACGGACGGCGCUGGAAGUACGUCAACGGGGAGUGGGCGGCGGCUGGGCGGGGCGAGGGGCGGGGCCAGGGCGAGGGGCGGGGCCAGGGAGGCGUGUACAUCCACCCAGACUCUCCCAACUUCGGAGCCCACUGGAUGAAGGCGGCAGUGAGCUUCAACAAGGUGAAGCUGACCAACAAGAUGAACUCAGGGGGCCAGGUGGUCCUGAGCUCCCUCCAGCGCUACGAGCCCCAGGUGAGCGUGGUGGGGGUGGGGGUGGGGGCGGGGGGGGUGGGCGCCCCCCCCCCUGCCCCCCCCGCCCCGCCUGCUCACCUGCGUCUCCUUCAGAGAGACCGCCUUCAUCGCCGUGACGGCCUAUCAGAACGAGGAGAUAACAGCUCUGAAGAUCAAGUACAAUCCCUUCGCCAAGGCCUUCCUGGACACGAAGGACAGGAACCCAAGUGGGCGGAGCCUAUCGGAUUCUAAUGGACAAGGUGGAUGGUCCGUGUGCACGGCAGGAGGGGUCAUCCCAUAUAGGGGGGGGCUUCAGAUGACAUCACGUCACCAUGGUUACAAGCACUACCCUUCAAGACCCAACCCCUACAGCUACCUCACCCACCACACACACACCUCAGUCUCUCUACCGGAGGGUGUACCAGGAUGUCCGGAGGACUGGUCUGGCUGCCCCCCCCAAGCUCCUCCCCUGCCUCCUGCCACCAGUCAGUACCAGUGUCUGUGGGCGGUUGGCUGUGGGGACGAUAGCCCCGCCCCUUCCCCGUACACAGUUCUCCACGGGCCAAUCAGCAGCGGAGCCAUGAUGCAGCCGGCCACUCCCAACACAGGGUGGCCGUCUGGCCACACCCACUGCUUCUGACAAGAUUGCUGAUUGGAUGGUCUUUCAAGGGCUUAAUAAUGCAUUUACAUUUAAACAGUGUCAACUAUAUAAUAAUUGUAUCAGUUAUAUUAAUAACAUAAAAGUACUAUUAAUAUGAUAAUCAUGUAGCAACCAAGCCAGGCCCUUGUUAUGAAGUCUCAUUAUAGAGUCUCAAUAAGAAAUGUUAUGAAGUCUCAUCAUGAAAUAUUUUCUGAAAUCUUCGAUAUAGUCUCGUUAUUAAGUUCAUUAUUAAAUCUUGUUAUAAAAUAUAGUUAUGAAAUCAUGUUUUUUUUAAGAGCAUUUCAUUUUUUAUUGGUGUUGUAAUGUAAAGAGAAUUUCAACAAAUAAGACAAGAAAUGCUUCUAAAAUAAAUUGCCAACCCUAGCAUUAAGUCUUAUUACGCAAUGUUAUUCUGUAAUGUUAUUCUGAAAUGUAAUUCUGAAACAUUAUUCUGAAAUUUCAUUAUGAAAUCUCGUCAUAAAAUGAUGUAGUCUUGUAUGAAAUGUUAUGCUGAAAUGUUACGUUAUGAAAGAGAUCUUGUUGUAAAGUCAUGUCAUGAACUAUCAUAUAUCAUAUAUUAUGUGUAUAAUAGUUGUAUAUGUUAUGAGGUAUCCUGAUUACAAUGUUGAAAAGAUAACUACUGUUGCACCUCUGACAACCUGCUAAAUAAAGCCUAUUGAUCUCCAA